AUGGCGUUAUCUAGACAGCGCGUACGCAGGCAGGCUAGCAGCAGGCUGUUCUUCCUCUGGAGAUCUCUCCCCUGCUACACCACUACAGACUGCUACGACCGAAGAUAAAAGUGUCUUGAUUUUUACUUCUUUAGUGACUAUCAGACAUGGAUGGUUUCCAAACAAUCCUGAAAUUCUUUAUGAACCGGAAAACUGCUAUAGGUUACAGUUUUAUGGCACUGCUGACAAUGGGAGGUGAACGUGUUUUUUCUCUUGUUGCUUUCAGAUGCCCCUGCAGCAAUGAAAACUUCAGGUACGGUUUGGUAUUUCUCUUCUCCCCAGCUUUCGUUUUGCUAGUUAUUGGAUAUUUCUUGAACAGCAAGACCUGGAAACUCUUUACAGGCUGCUGGGUGAAUCCCAGAAAAAUAUUCCCCAGAGGAAAUAUCUGCCAUUUCUUUUACAUCUUCGGACAAAUCACUUUAAACGCUCUGGUAGCCCCAGUGAUGUGGCUUUCUGUGGCUUUGCUCAACGGGACUUUUUACGAAUGUGCCAUGAGUGGCUUGAAAAAUCCUGCCUACUUACAUGCAGUUUGCCACAGCAAAUCUGCAAAGUGCUUUGAAGAGCUACACAAGGUAGCGUGUGACAAAAGCUCCAUGCCCUUUUCAGAGAGUGACGAACUGAAACGAACUCUUCAAGCACAGUCCCAGAUUUUAGGCUGGUGUGUGAUAGUUACCACAGCUCUUCUCUCCCUGCUAACCACUUGCUGCGCCAGCUGCCAGUCGAAAGUCAGCCACCUCCAGCUGAUGUUCUGGAGGGUAUACGCGGAGAAGGAGAAGGAGCAACUGGAGCAGAUUUUCCAGCUGUAUGCCACCAAGCUGAGCGAGCGAAACCUGAAGUGCUUUUUUGAGAACAAGGAACCAGAAGUGAUUCCCCUGCCAGCUUUUCAGGCAUGGGAAGAUGCUUCCCAGCUCUACUCUUUCAGCAGUAGCAAACAGCAUUAUAGCACAAUUCACAGGCUAGUUGAGGAAGGCCAGAAAGAAAUCAACGAGGAAAGAGAGACAAUGCUAGACUUUGUGGACAGAAGGGAAAUACCAUAGAUCAAAUAUAUUUUCAGCUUUUUUAUAUUUUGCUAAUAUAGCACACUUCUAGCUGGUUUCAUCUCUAUAUUUUUUCGCAAUGGCAUCUUUCUUCUUCAUCAUGUUCCCUCCCAGUUACAAACUUGCUCCAAAAGGAUGGAAUGAAAUUAUUUCCCUACAUCAGUGAAAAGGCUGCAGUCCUCCAUUGCACCUAGGGUGCAUGCUCUACUAACGUCGCUGGCUCUGGAUCAAGAGCUGACAGCAAAAAGAGAUGAAUAAUGACUUCUACAAAAGGGUUGUAACAAUAUCCUAUGUAAAAGGCGCUAUAGUAUGCUCAUCCUAUGUAAAUCAAGAGACUAUCAUAAAGUAACACUAUUUAAAAGGUGUGAAUAUAAUAGUAGAAGAUGUGUGUGGCUUUCUGACAGCCCACAGAAAGUAAAGGUUUUGCUUUCAGGUCAUUUGCAGGUACAGUAUUGUUUUGAGGCACCAGUGGUCACUCAAGGCAUCUCGGUGUCUUUGGACUCCUGUUGCACCUAGAAUGCCACGGAUGGUCAUAUCCAUCAGCCCUGGUCUUCUAGUCCCUGAGACAUCUGCCUGGGACAUGGGGUAGUGACCUCCAUUGACAGUGAGGUGCCAAGUAAUUUUUUAGACAAAUCUUAUAGACGAAGUGUGGGGUACCAAGAACUUGAAAUUACCAAAUGGUUUGGCAUUUUUGUGUUUUUGUUAAAAAAUAACAUGCUAUUUUGAAAGAUAAUCAGUUGUUGUUAGUGCUUUGUUACAAUAAUAAAAACGCAU